ACCCACCAUGAAUUUUCAUUAUCUGUUCUUGGCACUCACCUUCACCGCUGUGUCGUCCGCAAUGGCAGUUGUCUCUUCAGAAUACGAGAUAAUUGGCCCCGAAAAGUACUACCCAGUUUUCGCUGGAUUUGAGAUAAGUGGAUCCAACGUGAGUGGGUUCCACAAGCUGCACCAGUAUGGACCCGUGAUGCCCUACUGCCGGAACGGCACCCGCCUGGUUCAAGUGGACUUCAUUAACUUUGGUGACGUCUUGAUCGCAACACCCUGGAAGCACUGUUCUGGACAUCAAGGCACAUUUAGCCUGCGCUCAACGCUAUCUCGUUUCACGGUGCAGUUCCACGUGGGCCUAAGCAACGAAGAUGGAGAGAAGAAACUUUCUUACAACGGAUUCACUAUUCCCGGGACAACUGAGAACAUUCAGGCUGAUGUUGAUGGGGCUGGACGGAACGUAAAUGUGGUUGCCGGAGUUUCGGCAAUGAUGUUUCUCGAAGUGACAAAGGAAAUGUGGAAUCAACAGUUUUACUACCCGUUGAGCGAAGUUAUACACAGAGGUCUUAGUUAGACAAGUGAUAUUGUCGAUUCCUGUGGACAAAAAUAUGCAAUUUAGCGCCCUGACAGACACCUGUAUGCCAAGGCGCCUUUUCUAUAAUGUCUACGAUUGCUUAAACUAGGAAAAAAAUCACUUUUAUAACAUGUUUUCACCCCUUUUUCUC